AUGGCGCCGCCCGUGCUCCCGAGCCCGUCCAACUUCCUGGCCGUGGCACUGGUCAUCAACAGAUCCCGUGAUGGCCCCAACUUCGUCUUUCACUACCCGCCACAUGUCUUACCGCCCAACGCCCAGUCGAAAAAUCACGAGCCAUCCGACGGGUCAGCCGAAUAUGAUGACAUCUUGCUGGAGCGUCUGAACCAACCUGGAUCGCUGGAUGCCGAUAACAACGGCGAUGACCUCCAGCAAUGGACGGUCGGAGACGACCACCUGGUCACGGAGGAGGGCACGCAAAUUGUGCCUUGGGAACAUGUGGCUGGUUUUCCCACCAAGGACCUCGCCAGCAUUCUGACGCCGGGAAGGGCCUAUCACAAGAAGCUCUUCCAGCUAUCUCUGGAUCCAUUGUACUGUGUAUCUUAUCCUAUACACGUCCCCGAGAGCGGGACGUGGAAGAAGAAGAAAAAGAAGAAGAAGGGCAAAACGGAAAGAGCCAAAUCCGUCCGCACAGAAGAGUCGGCCGUGUUGGUCGAUUUCGAUCCAAACGAGGACAAUGAAGACACGCCUAAUGGCGCUGAUGCGUCGCAAAUCGAUUCGAAAGAGGAAGAAACCACUCAACAAGACGAGGCUGAUGAUAAGCGUGCCUCCAUGACGAUGUUCAACCUGGUCUUCAUCAUGAACCCGAAGAAGCACGAGGCCAAGGAACUUAUUGCUACCCUGUAUCUGAACAUCAUCAAGAAGGUCAAUAAGGCCUACAAAUACUGCCAGCAGCACAGCGAGUUUGUAUGGAAGGAGUCGAAGCGCAUAUCGGCCUUGAAAGACAAGGGCCGAGAGGACAAACGCAAGAUGAGCUCACUAUGGAACGAGAUUCUAGCCACGUCUUCUCUCGCAGCUUCGGUUCAGGACAUCUAUGAGGCCGUCUCUCAAAACAAGAUUGCUGCUCUCCAGCUUGACACGGCUGCUGGGCCCAUAACCCCGUCCGUUCAGAUCCCCGUGCCGUUUUACAUCACGGACCUGCACAACUACGGGCAGACGGAGCAGAGGGGUCUGUGGCUGACGACGGCCAACUCAUUCAUUGGUGAAGACACCAUCGACGAGCCUGGGUUUCUCGAUCGCAAUUUUGCGUUGUUGUUGAUGGGCGACGAGAAGAAGAUCAUCGCCGAGCUGCAGGCCGAUCCGGAUCCUAGCACCGUCGCCAUGGUUGAGUUUGCCCGGCUAUCAAAGCCAACGCAGUCAUUCUGUCAAGUCGGUCAGAGCAACGUCUUGACGUUAAGCCAGGUCCGCAAAUACGCCCAGCACUUCAUAUUCUGGCGCCGUGCCAUUGCCAUACCCCCUCUUCACGCACGCGACGUUUACAUCAUGUCGCCAAACUGCGACACGCGGAACCUGCCCAAGGCAAGCCUCGAGUGGCAAAAGACAUUUCCCUUGGCGCCACCGCUCACCAACUUCCUCGCCGAGCUAUCAUACGCCCCGCGACCGUACAAGCACUUCUGCCCAAGCAAGGCCCACCGUCCGACGUACCUCGCCAUGCUUGCCUGGCUCAUGCGCGGCGCCUGGGUAACGCAACUGUGCACAUUUGCCUACGUGGUUGUCUGGCCCGAAAUCAUCUACGAAGUCGAGCACAAGAUCGAAAGCGACGAGUUACGCAAGGCUGAUGACACGUCGUCCCUCGGCACCAGCAACAAUACCCUGGGCAGUAUGGGUCCCGAACCAGUUGGCGAACACUCCGAGGCUGAUGAUGGCAAUGGCGACGGCAUGGGCGCGAGCAGCAGCAGCGCUGGCAAUGGCGGCAUAGCCGCGCAUGUGCCGACCCAGAUCGAACAGGCAGCAGAGAAGGCACGCCUCGAGCGCAUCGCGGAGAAGACACAGCGCGAGGCGGCCGAGAAGGCGACGGCACAUGCGCGCAAGGUGCCGCCUGCCGCGACGGAUCACCCGUCAACCAACAACGCACCACACCUGGCGCGCAUAUCGCCGUGCAUCAUUGUGGACGCCAAGAAGGCAACCGGAAAAGAGUCGCUUUACCUUGCGGCCAUCGGCACGCGGCUUGGUAAAGACCUCAAGGUCGCCAAGGCAUGGCAGACCUUUUGGAAGUACUUCAACGGGCAGACGGCACUCGAGAGAAUCGCAUUGCAGGAGGAAAUGAAGCGCAAGGACGCGUGGAACCUGCUGACGGCGAUGAGUGAGCAUCUUAUCUGCGUAAGACACUGGUAG